GGCUGCUCUGCGCUGCGGCACGGCCGGGCGCGUCCGUUUCCCUCAGCAGAUGCACCGUAACCGCAUUAUCGCGGAUUAGUUGGAUUUCUUCCUUUAAAUGUACACUGCGAGAACCGAGCUGCCAGCCAGCUGUUUCUUAUCGGCCCCUUUAAUCUGCCUGAGCCUGGCUCCGCUCCUUCCUUUCGCAGCUAUUUCUGGCACCGUUCGGCGGAGCACGGCGCCGCGAGAUGCACCUCCGCGCCUCCACCGGGGAAUCCCUGCUUGUGCCGCCGCCUCCUCCUCCUCCCCCUGGCUGAACUCCUCGAGGAAAGACCCAGAAGGCGGCGGCGCGGUGCUGGAAGUAGGGCAGCGGCGGGGCGGGAUGACUCGGGGCGCGCCCCUGCCCGGCUCCGCCGCAGCGCCGCACGGCCCGCGGGGCACAGCGGCACCGGCCGCGGGAGAACGGCCGCCGCAGAGCGCCGAGCGCUGAGCGCCGCCGCCCCCAUGGAUAAGGCGGCCUCGCUGCACGGCGCCGUGCCCGCUCCGCCGCCCCGGCUCUACCUGCCGCGGAACUUCAGCUGCAGCGCCUGCCUCUACGGCAGCCUGGCCGAGCGCUGCGGCGGCGGCCGCAGCCCCGACGGCGACGCUCCUCCGCCGCCCGCCCCGCGGGACGCGGCCCCUGAGAAGCCGCCGCCUCCGCCCCGCGGCCGGGAGCCCCGUCCGCCCGCCGCGCCGCCCAGCCCCACGCAGCGCCGCCGCGCCAAGUCGCUGCCCACGCCCGGGGAGCGCGGCCUUCGGCCGGCCCCGCGCCACAGCCCCUCGCGCCGCAAGACCGUGCGCUUCGCCGACUCGCUCGGCCUGGAGCUCAUCUCCGUGCGGCACUUCCGCGACGCCGACCUGCCGCGCGUGCCGCCGCCCGCCGCGCCGCGCCGCGCCGACCUCUUCAAGACCGGGAAGCCGCCGGUGCUGGGCGAGCUGGAGCCGGUGCUGUUCGGGCCGCUGCCGCCGCCGCUGGAGCCGCUGUUCCCGCCGCAGCCCGGCGCCGGGCCCGGCUUCGCGGAGCGCGUGCGGCAGCACAAGGUGAGGCUGGAGUGGGUGCGCUGCGAACCCGCGGGGCUGCGCGGCGCCGUGCGCGUCCUCAACCUGGCCUACGAGAAGGCCGUGUCGGUGCGCUACACGCUCGACCGCUGGGCCAGCUGCGGCGAGGUGCCCGCCGCCUAUCAGCCCGCCGGGCCGGCCGACGGCAUCACCGACCGCUUCGCCUUCCACCUGCCGCUCGGCCCCGCCGCCGCCGGCUCCGAGGCCGCGCUGGAGUUCGCCGUCCGCUACCGCGUGGCCGGGGCAGAGUACUGGGACAACAACGGCGGCUCGAACUACCGCCUGCGGGGCCGGGCGCGCUCCCCCGCCUCGGGGCCGCCGCAGGACCCCGACAGCAGCGCCUGGAUCCACUUCAUCUGAUUGACGGAGCGGCCCCGGCCUCGCCCCGCGCCGCGCCGUUGCGCUGUAAGUCGGCGGAGGACGCUUGGAAUUGCUUGCGGAUAACCGACGUGUGCUUUGUGUCCCGGACAGGCGUCCGGCUGCGGGCGGCGGGUGUGGGCUGUGCGCUCGGCGUACUCGAGCGUAUUUAGGAAAGUGCUGCCGUUGAAAGACGGCGCUGUGCGGUUGAGGGUCUGUCACGCUGCGGUGGAGCCGCCCCGCCCGGAGGUGGCGGGAGCUCGGCCGUGACGGUGGCUCUCGACCCUGCGGGUUGAUUUCCAUCUCCCGUCUGACUGAGGUUCCUCAGCUGAGCUGUCGGUGCAGGAGUGCUUGGAAAACACUCCCAUUUUUCUUCUCCCUCAUUCUGGAAAAAGGCAGAUUGCACAAAGCUGGAUGAGCUCUGACCUAUUGAAGAGAAGCCAUGUCUUGCCAUAUGAAAAUAAGUGUAUCAGUAAAAACGUUGGGAUGGCAGAGUACGUUGACUUCUGCCUUCAAAGCUGUGCUUUAGAUUGGUACGAGCAGUGAAGGGUUUUCUUUUUCCAGCUUGCUUUUUGAGGCAGUGGACACGGGUUGUGCUGCUGCCCGGUGCUGCCCUCCAGGAGCUCAGCACGUGUCUGCGUGCAGGAGAGGGACCUCUGAAGUGUCACUGCUCAGAGUGGCAAAACUCGUGUUGGUAUCAUAGAAUCGUUUGAGUUGGAAGAGACCCUUGGAGGCCAUCUGGUGCAGCUGCCCUGCAAUGAACAGGGACUCUACAGCUCCAGAGCCCAUCCAACCUGACCUUGGGUGACUCCAGGGAUGGAGCAUUCAUCACCUCUCUGCACAACCUGUGCCAGUGCCUCACCACCCUUACUGAGGAAACUUCCUCCUUAUAUCCAGUCUAAAUUACCCCUCUUUUAGUUUGAAACCACUUCUCCUUGUCCUGGCACAGCAGACCCUGCUACAGAGCCUGUGUCCUUCCUGCUUACAGCCUCUUUAGGUGCCACUCUCAGGUCUCCCUGGAGCCUUCUCUUCCCCAUGCUGAACGGCCCCAGCUCUCAGCCUGUCCCCAUAGGAGAGGUGUCCCAUCCCUCGGAGUGUUUUUGUGGCUGUCCUCUGGACCUGCUCUGACAUGAUCUCAUGCAGGGCUGUAAGAUGCAGUCUUGAACAUUUUGGAUCUUCUUUAGGUUUUUCAGGAAUGACAUUAAUUCUAUUAAUUCUAAUGUGUUUUUGAGUUAGUAUCUCAGUAAGUAUCUCAGACAGCUUGGUUGGUGUCAAGUUGUCAUGGAACCUUUUGACUUGGAUGGGAUUUGGGAGCACUUAUGUCUCCUGGUGCUGUCAGAAUAAUUGAACUGAUGAAUUCUGGAGAAAAAGAUUUGUCUACAUGAUGGGAAAAGAGCAUUUCCUUUAAUUCUUCUAGACCUCUUUCUGGCCUAAUAGAAAAUCACAGUGACAGUAGCUGCUCUAUAUUAUCAUAGCUUGGUUUUAGUUCCCUACCAAGUUUUCCCAUCCCUCUGGUCUUAAAAGAAACAUAUUGCUAGGACCUACUGAGCAUCUCACGUGUUAGAAUAUUAAGGCCCUGAUCUUGUAAUAAAGUAACACUGUGUCUAUAAAGAUAGAAUUGCAGAACUAGGUCUUAGUUUGUGAUAAAAGCGUAUUAAGCGUAUUCUCAUGAAAGCCCAAGUGUCUUUUAGUUUUAAACCUGGCUUUUUGUAAGAGCCUUAAUGCUGGAGAGAAGGAAAAGGACUUAUCUCUGUUUGGAAGCACUGUGAGAUAUGGUGGGAAUACAGCCAAACAUCUCUUCAGUUUUGCUGUAGCUUUCCUAAAUGCUUUUUCUUGGCCUUCUCUGCCCACAUACUAAACAGAAACUUAUUCUGGAGCAUCCCAAUGCUGUUGCUUGUGGGGAAAAAGCAAUUUCUGUGCAGUGGGGGUUAACCGGAGCUAUAACUUUAUUUAUGAAGGUUUAACCCCUUUGUCAAAUAAAUAUCUGAAUAUUAAACCUUUGUGGGAUGUAGCACAGAAGAAGAGCAUUUUGCAAAGCAGACUCCCGAGCUUUGAAGCAGCUCAGCCUGUCUUCAGCUCUAAAUUUUGGGUAGCUUUAUGGGUUUGAGCUUGAAUGCAGAUUAUCAGUGACGUGUGUGUAACUCCAGUAAAAGACCAAGUCUUCUGGAGGCACACAGGGACUUCUGAAAGCCUCGAAGGUGGCCCAGGUGGCUCAGAGGAUGCUGCUGGCAAAGUCUGUGGAACAAGUUUGAGGUGUUUAAAUAGAAACUCCUCAGCAAUACAUGCCAAAGGUGCACUGCUUUGCUUACACAAUUUCACUUCUAUCACAUCAGUUUAUUCUCAAGGCAGAUUUAAAAAAAAAAAAAAAGUGCAGGUGCACUGAGUGCGAGGCAGAGCAAAAUAUUUGAAUUAUUUUGGGGGGGGGGGGUGAAUUGUCUUUAAGCCAGGCUUCUUCUGGAACAAAAAUAUCAAAUAUUUUCAUUGGUCUGACUGAAGCCCACGCCGCCUUCCCCUCCAAGUGAUGUAGAAUGGUGUAGGCAAGGCAACAACCCUUAGGUAGUGUGCUUCACUUCUAAGCGAGUUACUCAUCGCUGGUGUCUUUGGUGACACAGAGGUGUCUGUCAUUCACUGUGCAGAGUCGUAGCUUUAUGGAACGUGCCAUCUUAUUUCAUGUGCAGUGUGGUGAUCCCUCCUGCAGUAAGUUGUACUGUAUGCCCAUAGACAUUCAUGUCUGCUGUUGCACAGUUAAGCUGCUUGGUUUUUUUGCGUGCAAUUCUAUGCCUCUUACAGCAGUAUUUCUGAAAUCUACCCAAUUAGUACAAAUCCCAACAAGAAUCAAACCAAUUAAGUGACCGAAUUUCAGCUCGCUGGCUGUAUUAGCGUAAGGACAAGAAUUGAAACGUCACAUUCAUUGUCAAUACAUGUGCAUUUCUUCAGGUUAAUUCACCAUUUCCUUCUUUUGCCAUUUGCAGAGAACUUCUUGAUGCAUAUGCAUGUGCCUCAGUGUGUCGUUCAGUAGCAGAGUGAGUGCACACUGUUACUCCAGCACAUGUGGGGGGCGGUGGAUCACUGCAGUGAGCAGAUGUCUGGUCAUAUAAAGACACGACUUCUUCACACAUAUGUGAAAUGUUUCUCAGUAGCACCAACAGGCACGCAUCUGCUAAUUCUGUGUUUUAACAUCAUCUACAAGAAUGCUCCAAAUCUGCUUUUUAAUGCAUUAUUAAAUAUCUAUAUUGGAAUCUUUACGUGCCUUUCAGCAUUUCCUAGGAAGAAAUCUUAUUUGUUCCUUAACUGUCCCACAGAAUGCCAAUGGCUUUCUUAUUAAAAUAAAAUGAAUUCUAAAAAUAUAAUAUUAAUUCUAAUUCCUGAAGCACUUUCAGCUGUUAUCUGCAGCAGCCAGAAGAAUUUGAUAGUAUUUUCCUACAUUACUAUGACAGAAUUUACUGUCAGAACCACAUCUUCCUGGUAUACCUCUAAAAUUAUGUCGCUGGGUAAAAAAACUGUGACUAUAGAUAGUAUAACAAAAUAUAUUUAUUGUAUAUAUUUACCACUUACACAGAUGUUCUAAAUAUAAAUAUUCUAUCUGAGAGCAGAAGUUCUAGUUUUUUAUGGGAUGUAGUUGUGUAGAUGUGAUCAUCCUUACAGCUUUUCCUGUGAUUUCUCUGAUGCUGCAUAAUGCUUUUAGUUACAACUUUUAGGUGGGCUUAAUCUCUCUGCACUCUCUGUACGUUGGGAGUCAAGUGCUCACUGUAAGGAGUAGUUGAAGAAAAUGACUUCUACCUUGUGAUGCUGUGCUGCAUGGCCUUCUGACAGGCUCCCCCUAACUCUCCUCCCAUACACACUCCAUGUGUCCAUGUGCUGACUGUGGCAGUGUUGCCUACCAAAAUGAAAAUAUGAUUGAGUACCAAAAUUAAGGCUCUGCAGUCAUGUACAGUUUGAGGUAGGAGGUGAAUGUAGGCCUUUCUUUACUCAAUUCUUGAAUGCUGCUUUUAACUUAUUUUGAAGAGUUUUUUUAACCCAGGAUUGUCCUGUCUUUUAUGAAUAUCCUCUUCCUUCAGCUAUUCUGUUGUGUUGGAGCUUUCUGUUUUUGAGAAGGAUUGGAUUUUAUUUUUAUGCAACAACUUGAAAAAUUAUUUUACAUUCCGUUCUGGGGGGAGGCAGAAAAACAGCUUUCCUUCCAGUUUUACUCUUUUAAUAUCAAAUAGUAGCGUGCAGAAUAAAAUAUGCUUGAAAUAACAUAUGCACUAGCAAUUCCAAAGAAUAUAGCUAAGAAAAAUGUCGAACGUGAGAUAUGCUUUUUGAAAUGUAUGUGCUUUUGUUUAGCAAGGCAGGAAAUCCCCCCUAGUCCCAGUGCAUUUCUACCAAGGAGACCUUUCUAUGCAAUAUUACCGUGCACCUGGUUUUUUAGGGGUAAACUUGGUUGGUAUCACUGCUGUGUUGGUGUGUUGUGUGUAGAAUAUUCUGUUAAAAGUGUCACUAAGGAAACCAAGUCUGAAGUAGUGUUAGAUUUUGAGGCUCUGUUGUGUCCACUCUGACUUCCCUAAACCAAAAGCACAGUCUGAGGAGCAGUAGCAAGGCAGUAUUUAAUGGACGUGCAAUGCAGGGUCGUACACUGUGCUUUCCUCUACUCCCUGUCACCUUCCAGGAGGAAGCACUGCAUUACCAUCAUGUUUUCAAAUGUUGUAUCUUAGCAACAAACCAAACUCUGCUGUACUUUUACUCUCAGACAGCUCACAGGUGUGUUUUUAAAGCCCUUCAAAAGCAGUGGGCCCAGCACUGUUGGAUUACUAAUUUGUUCUAAAUGUUACUGCUCUGUUCCUUUUGGUUGCACUUUCUUCUGCAGUGUUGGUCCUUCGCAAAGUAAUGUUUGUUUGUAAUGUUUGUGAAAAUAACGCAAUAUCACCGGAAGUUCAAAAUCAACUUUUUAAAUAAUGCCUUGUAACGUAGCCUUAUAGCAUUCAGAUUAUUUUCCACCAAAACGGCAUCUAAUCACUGGUUGUCACAUCUAUUUAUAAACCUGUAGCUUCUCGAUGUCAUUAAAGGUUAAGAAAACAAA